AUUGCGAAUGAACGGUACCGCGUCGCGUCGGUCGGACGAAAAGUUACAGAAUUAAUAUUUACAUUUGAAGUGUUUUACAAAGCAUAUUACAUUAUCUACGAUCCUAAUCAAUUCGAGAAAAAUAAAUGAAUUCGCGAUUAGUUUCAAUAGCAGGCUCCAAUAAAUUAAUGUAAACUUUAUUGUUAUUUUUUAACAUACUAUGAUACAGCUUUUUUAACUGCAAGUAUAACGUUUUCUGCGCGACUCCGCUUUAAAAACAUGUAAUUAACAAGCAAAAAAUUAAUUAAUUAAUAAUCGAAGAAUAUAUAAUAUAAACUUGGAUGUUUGCCUGGGCAAAUAAACAUGCAUCAAUAUUAUUAACAUAUUUUAAUAACUCGACGCGUCUGUGCCUCCGCGGUGUGCGAUUAUUUAAAUGCAAAAAAGGAUUUGUGUAUACCGAAAAGCCUAAACAACAACAAGCUCUUUAAAAGAAAUUUGCAUUUUCAUCUUGCGCAAAGAGGCAAACAACAAAAACACACACAGGAAAAACACAAGAGAAAAAUGCUGACACGGAUGAGGCCAGCGGUGGGUUGAUUGGCUGACAACCACGACAUCCACAUCCACAGAAACUACAAAAAGACACGGUCGAGUGCUGGCGAGUGGGAGGAAGUGGAGUGGUAGCAGGAGCAGAGUGCCAAGCAUAACCUGGUAUAAAAACUAAAAAAAAAAAUUGAAAAAAGAAACAAACACCCAGACAGCCACAAUGACAAAUGUUUGGAGCGGAGCCAGGCUUUAGGUGUUGAGCAGCAGGUUUAAUCAAACAACAAAAGGAAAAGCCGAGGAAAGAGGAGGAGCACCUGGUGGUGGACACAGCGAGGAAUAUCCGAGUUGAAAGAGAGAAAGUUCCAUUAUGGAGAAACCAAUGCACCAUGCCCCUGCCCCGGCUGCCGUGGGUAAGGUCAGCCAGAUAGCCAACAUCUUCCAGCGCAAGCCCAUUGAGAUCCAGCCCGUGGAGCAGCUAAGUGCAGUAGCAGCUGCCCAUGCCGCUGCAGCCGCGGCAGCAGCUGCCCAUGUCCAAGGAGCCAGGACAGAGUCCCAUUCGGCAAGAUUCAAUAACGCUCGCGCCCUGUUCGAGAAACUAGGCGUUGAGUCCAACUCGAACGUAAGUUCCCGCCUGUUGAGGAGUGGUUCUCGCGAGGAUAAUCUUUGCGACGGCUCAGAUCGUUCAUCCUCACGCUCCUCGGAUCGUUCUCAAUCGCCGCCAAAGCGAAGGACACCCUUUCCUUCUGGGGUUUCGUUGAUUCACAACAAUAAUAACGCCAGCGCUGUGCCUCAAAAUGGAGGAUCUGCACCAGAACAACGUUUGAGUAACAGCAAAUUUAUUGUGGAACCAGCGGCGCCAACGUCUCAAGUAGUGCCCACCUCGGCCGUUAAGUACCCUCAGCACAAUAUAUCCCGCUUGAAGUCGGAGGAAGUGACGGCCAGUCCACCGGCGCCAGCCAGCGGUUCGGUGAGCGCCUUGUUUGCCAGUUCUGGUGCGGAUAAGCCGGAGAAGCCGGAGCGCAAGUUCAACUCAAGGGAACUGAUUGAGAAGCAAAAGAAGUGGACAUCGCACUUCACCAAGACAAAGACAACGCGCACUCACAGCGAUCUCAAUCGUUGCGACAUUAUACGCACCGUGCCCGGCACAGGACUGAUUAUGGACAGCGAAAAGGUGACCAAACCGGCAAUGGAACCACCACCGUCGCAGUCCCAGGCUCCGCCCAAUGCCAGCCCAAAUCCGCCGCAGCGAUCGCAGGCUCCGCCAGAGAUAAAACCCAGGAGUGGGAAGAUUGGAAGUCCAGUAAAAUCACCGCCACUGCCGCCGAUUCCAGCGGCCAAGCCAAAGAAUGUGAGUCCGGUGAAGUUUAAUCCGGAGCGGCUACGUCAGUCGCCCACAAAGACGGCAAACGAUUCACCACCACCGCCGCCAGCCAAAUCCGCGGCCGUUACAGCGGCUAUGCAACGAUCCCUGAUGCAGGAGCAGCAGGAGCAGUUGUUGCGAAAUGCCAAUGAUCAGGGUGUGGCGCCCAUACCGCCGGAGAAGCCACGCAAAAAGUCCGUAGAUCUCAUCGAAGACACUCAGCCAUUGGCUAACAAUUGUUCUACACCGCCCUCGUCCUGCGCCUCUCCCACCAGCUCGUACAUUGUGCAGCCGGCCAAGAGGGGAUCUAUGGAUGGUGGACAAUCUUCGUAUCCCGGUAAUGGACUUAGUGGUAGCACCAACUCGGCUGCCUCGGGUUCGCCUGUGGCCAGUGCCUCAUCGGGUCCUUCGUCGCCGGUUCACACCGAGGAUGAGAAGCAGGAGAACGAGUCCACGGAGAAGUCGGAGAUGGAGCAUUAUCACAGUGGCAGCUACAACAGUGUUCCCAGGCGGCGACGCAGCGAAAAUGAAGGUCGCAAAUCUGUGGACGAAUCUCCCGCAUUGGCCAGCUCCCAACAGCAGCAGCAACAUUCCAUUCCUGGCUCCGCCACCGGAUCACCCCAACGUGUGGUGGCCAACAAGCGGAGCAGCAUUACGGUCAAUAUGCCAGCCGCUGGUCUUGGCCAGAGGCCGCCCAGCAUUAUCUCGACCACCAGCCAGGACGAGGGUGGCUUCAACGAAACCACUCCAGAGCUAAAGGCCAAAUUGCAGCCAGCCUACGACCAGACGGAGACAGAGCUCCCACAUAGCCUGAACUACGUGGACGUGGGCUAUCGCCUCAAUCCUGACGGCAGCGAGAGUCGCGAGGUCUACGGAUCCGAGGCGGAGUUGUAUGACACCGCCAAGGUCACUGAUAUGCAGCGGAAGUUCCAUGGAGCCAAUGGCUUUGGCCAGGAGUCGAGCACGGUGUAUGCAAUCAUCAAAACGGAUGUGCCGGAUGCCAACCAGCAGCAGCCGGUGGCUCCCUCGCGUACAGUUCACCUGCAACAAUCGCCUACGUCCUCGAGCGUGGAGGGUUCUCCCUUGCAUCGUGGUGUUUAUAGCUCCCCGCCUGUGGGUGUAGUUUCGCCCAUAAGGCGACGCAAUAGCAGCAAUCAGGAUCAGAGUGUGGGCAGUGCCAAGUCCACGCCACCCAUUUCACCAGCCAGAUCGGCACUGGUCAAGGGCAUAGCUCCCAUUGCCUCCAUUGAUGCGCACGAAGAAGAGGAACUCGAUCUCGAUGAGGAGGAAGAGGAGGACGAACACUUGGCAGUGGAAUAUGUGGAGGUAAUUGAGCUAGAGGAGGAGGAAGCUCCAAUUCUGCCAGAACGUCGUGCACCCGCACAGGGUGCCCUGGAGCUGCAGGACUUGGAGUAUGCAGACACAAGCGCCGGUGAGGAUGAGGAGGAUAUACUCAAUCACUUGAAGGGCAGCGAUAUACUGGAUGUGGAGCUAAUAGACGACGUUGUCGAUGAGGUGAUCAGCAAGGUCCAAGCGAAGCACAGCGUGGCCAGCGCAGCUCCAGCAGCGGCAAUUCCUCGGGAUGAUAGCCUGCCAGAUGCCAUGACUGCCGCCGAAGCCGAACGACUGUUGAGCUCAAGCAUUUUGGAAAGCAAAAUCAGACAACAGUCACUGCUGUCGGACGAACAGGCCAAGGAAGUCGAGCAAAUACUCAACGCAGCCGUUGCUGCCGUUGUUGUUGCCGCAGCAACAACAUCGCCGACCAGCACCAAGAAUCUCAUUGAGGAUUUGCCACCGUCCUCUGGCCAAUCGCCAUCGCAAUCAGGAGCCAACGGGGAGCAACGCGACAUUCACAUUGCAGCUGUCCCAGCAAUUGUUGAGGAAGAGGACGAGGAAGAGGAGUAUCCAGAGGAGUUUCAUCGGGACGAAGACGAGGACGAGAACGAGGAGAACCACGUCCGGGCCCGCUCCCGCGAGUUUGAUGUCAAUGGUGACGCUGACGGGGAUUCGGAUGACGUUGAGGCCGUGGACAUUGUAGGCUAUAGUCCAGCCACCACAUCCACAGCUUUGAACGCCACCUUUGUCAAGGCCGAUAGCACUGAGACGGAGACCACGACCACAACACCUUCGACGGCCACCACAGCCACCACAAGGCACGACGACGACGAGCCCGAGUGGCUAAGGGAUGUCCUAGAGGCCCCCAAACGCAGCCUAGAGAAUCUGCUUAUCACCUCAGCCAGCUCUGUGUCAGUUCAACACCGCGAGGAACUUGAGAACGGCUACGAUUUCCAGGUUAAACAUUCCGAUUUAAAUCAAACCUAUGUGACCGGCGGUGGCGGUGAAUCGCUGCAUGAGUCCAUAGUGUCCGUAGAGUCUACACAAUCGGAUGCCACACUCAAUCAGACGACGACCAUCGAUGACAGCAUCAUCUCCAGCAAGCACAAUUCCACAUACUCUCUGGCAGAUGCCGAGCAAGCCACGAAUUCAACUGUGCUAAGUACUGGCGUGACCGAGCUAGACGAUAGUCAGUACUAUAUACCAGAAUAUCCGCCGGUGAGGAGUAAGGAGGUACUUGUAGAGGCGGGAGUGCAUUACUUUGAAGAUGGCAACUUUUGGAUGGAAGUGCCUGGUCUCCUAGACUUUGACGACGACGACUGCUCCUACCCGCCCAUUACUGUACGCAAGAAUCCCAAGGUACGCUUCAGCUCCGGCCCCAUCCACGUGUACUCAACAUUCUCCGUUAAUGACUACGAUCGGCGAAAUGAAGAUGUUGAUCCUGUGGCCGCUUCGGCGGAAUAUGAGCUUGAGAAGCGUGUGGAGAAGAUGCAUGUCUUCCCCGUGGAAUUGAUGAAGGGUCCCGAAGGUUUGGGUCUCAGUAUAAUUGGUAUGGGCGUUGGCGCCGAUGCUGGCUUAGAGAAAUUGGGAAUAUUUGUAAAAACAAUCACCGAUAACGGAGCAGCAGCCAGAGACGGAAGGAUUCAGGUCAACGAUCAAAUCAUCGAGGUGGACGGCAAGAGUCUUGUGGGCGUUACACAGGCUUAUGCAGCUUCUGUGCUGCGCAAUACUUCCGGUCUAGUCAAAUUCCAAAUUGGACGCGAACGCGAUCCUGAGAACUCAGAGGUAGCACAGCUCAUACGACUGAGUUUGCAGGCGGAUCGCGAGAAGGAAGAGCGCUUGAAGCGCCAACAAGAGGAGUAUCUGCGACGUACUCUCGACUAUUCCGAGGACUCUACGCAACCCGUUUCAGCGAAUUCGAGUGUGUGCGAGGGACCCUCGAGUCCUGUGCAAGUCGAACAUCCCAUGGAGGUGGAGGCCACACAUUCACAGGAGGUAGAGUCGCUCAAGCGGCUGCUGCAGGAGCACAAAGCGAGCGAAAUGGGUUGCCUGGUCAAGGAAGAGAUUAUACAAAAUCUAAAACGAAAGCUGGUCAAGCUCGAGACGACAGGCAAUGAGAAUGAGCUGCUCAGCGAGCGGCUACGCCAAAGCGAGCGGGAGCUCGGUAACAUCCGCAAGGAGGCCGCCAAUCUGCAGAAUAUGCUGCAGCAGUCCCAGGGCCAGUAUAUGGCGCUGGACAAGAAGUACAACAAGGCCAAGCGAUUGGUGAGGGAGUACCAGCAGCGGGAGCUGGAUAUGUGCCAUCGCGAGGAGUUCUACCAGCAGCUGCUCCAGGAGAAGGACACCGAGUACAAUGCGCUGGUGAAGAAGCUCAAGGAUCGGGUCAUCAAUCUGGAGCACGAGCUGCAGGAGACACAGCGCAAGGCUGGUUUCCCUGUCGGUCUGCCCUACGAUAGUGCCACCUUGAAGCUGACGCCCCAAAUGAUGCGCAAGACGCCACCAAAGCCGCUUUUCCACAAGCUGGAAACGGAGCUGUCGGACACCGAGAUCUCUGAUCUAUCGCCCGAUGGCGAUGGCGUUAAGACGGCCACCGUGGAGCGCAAGGUUCCGGUAAAGGAUGAACUGGAUGCGGCUGUGCCGCAGCACGAGCUGCUGGAUAACUCGGUGAACAAGACAAAGAUCGAUCUGGCCUCCCGUGGUGGUUUAGCCAAUCGGCAGUUGCCCUCAGCGAACGGCACCAGCAGCAGCAACACCAACGGCGCCGCCAGCAGCAGCGAUCUCGGCCAGCUAUCGAACGGCAAUCUCAAUCUAAAGCGCAGCAGGAGCAACAGUCGCAGCUCGGACUGCACUCUGGACGAUACCGAUGAUGACGAGGAGGGGGAUAGAGGCGUGGAGGCAGGUUCGGCUUUGAAUUUGGCAGGCGGUACUUCUAGCUCCUCCACCCACGACAUCAUCAGCCUGUCCAACGGCAACUCCCAUCUGCUGGCCAAUGUCAACAAUCUGCUGCAACAUCAUCCACCGCCGCCAGCGGCAGUUAGCACGUCAGCCUCGUCCAACGGCCAUCUGGGCACCACCACAGCCAUUCUGUUGAACUCCACAUCCUCUGCCUCGUCCAGUUCUUCCAAUCAGUCGACGGCACGCGAGGCACAAAUCAAUCAGCUAUAUGCUCAGGUCCACAAGGAUCCCAGCAAGCAACAGCAGCAGCAGCAGCUACAGCAGUCGCAACAGCAACAGCAGCUACAGCAGUCGCAGCAAACGGUGGUGACCAACAGCAUACCGGGCAUCUUUAAGAACGCUUUGGGUUCGCCGGCGGACAACAAUGGACUGAACGACUUCCAUCGCGGCAGCAUGACCACCUUUGGAACAGGUCCGGCCAGCAGCAGCAAUCGUGAUCUCAACAGCUCGUACGACUCUAUACUGGGCAGCAAUGACAAGCUCUCGGAGAACGAGCCGGCGGAGAGCUGGAUGUAUCCAAGUCGAAGGAGAGUGGCGCCCAACGGCAGCAAGGUUCCCUUGCCCGGUUCCAGCUUUACGGAUCAACUCAAUCAGGCGCUGUCCGAUCGUGAGAGGCGACUCGGCGAUGGAUCCUCGCGACAUUCCAGCGACGAUUACACGGAGAUCAACAAGAGCCAAAGCGCAGCGGCCAUCAACUGCAAGACGCUGAUCAAUGAGAUCCGCCAGGCGGUGAACGAAGCCCAGCCCAAAGUUAAACAAGUCGUUCCCCAAUCACUCUCCCCGCCCGGCACAGUGCCCUGGCAGCAACAGCAUCUCCACCAGCAGCAGCAACAGCCGUCCGCCCAUACCACUGGCCCGCCCUCGCCCACUAGCAUGUCCUCCGGCUGCUCCUCGCCCGGUUAUUCGCCCAGCCGUACCCUGGACUUGUCCGGUUCCAGUUCAAGCUUCUCCGAUCGCAAGGCGGCAGCAGCAGGAUACAAUUACAAGGGAGGUCCUGUACACGAAUGGACCAAGGAUCAGGUUGGCCACUGGCUAAUGGGCAUUGAGCUGGAGCGCUACAUUCCCGUCUUCAAAGAGCACAACGUGGAGGGCGGGGCACUGCUCACCCUCGACUCCAAGGACUUCAAGACGCUGGGCGUGUGUGGCGACGACAAGCAUCGGCUGAAGAAGCGCCUCAAGGACCUGAAGGCGAACAUUGAGAAGGAGCGCAAGGACAUGGAGCGAGAGCGUCGAGAGCGAGAGAAGGCCAUACGCAAGGCCGAGAAGAAGGCGGCCAAAAAGAAGUAGUAGUUGAAUUCCUAGUUGAUAAGAGCAUCAAAAAAGUAGCCAAAAACCAAAAGCAUACGCAGUAUAUAUGUAGUCUAUGCAUACGAACAUGAAGCAUAUAUAUAUCUAUCGGUUAUAUUAUACAUAUAUAUAUAUUUAUAUUCAUAAUGGUAAUAUAUAAUUUAUUUGUACAACACACACACACACACACACAUUAUACAUACGUACUACAUUUUAACCUAUGGAAACCUAAUUAGCAUCUCUAGACGUAAAUUAUUCUAAAAAAAAAACAAGGAAGAAUAUGGAAAGCAGCUAGGUCAGAAGGAGCGAUAGAGUACGAGUAGAUCUCGGUUAGCAGUGACCCCGAAAAACUCCAGAAAAAUCCCCCACAGAAAACCCAGAACUCACAACCAAAAGAAGAAGCUAAGUAACUAGACAACAAACACAAAAAGGCGUUGGACUGACUGAUUUUUAUGAUUAAUUCAAAUGAAAACCAUAAAAGAUAAAACAUAAAUAAAAAAUAACUAAGCAUUCUUUUUUAAAAACCAAUCAAAAACCAAAAAAGAAACAUUUUGAAUUGAGAAUUGAGAGCAAGCGAAAUGCGUCGUAGGACAGCCACUUCAAAUUAAAUAAAUAUAAAGAAUGAUAAUUAACAAAUACGAUAAAACAUUGUAAUAACGUUUAAGGCAAUGUCUUGUGUUUUUUUCUAAUUAUUAAUCUGUGUAAUAUUCGAGAUAAUAUUCAAUUCUAGAUAUACGUAUAUGUGUAAACAGCAAUUGCAUUGUAUUUGUCAAGACAUCUAUAUGAACUGUACUAUCCACCCCUCCCUUAAAAUUAACGCUAAAGUAUUGUACUGUGUAUGCUAUAUAUGCCUGAAAGUCAUUUAAGUACUUAAGUAGAGAAGCUAAAAAAGGAAGUGUGUAUGUGUGUUUUCUGUUACACCAAAUCAAUGCAAAAAGUCCAAACAUUUGUUGAAACAGCCAAGAAAUGAAAUCAAUCUAUUCGUUAGCCAAGUAUGUCUGCAUGGAGAGCGUGACUGUGUACCUUUUGUUUUCGUUCGAGUUUUUGUUUUUAAGCUUUUGUAUAAAUAAUUUACAUGUGUAGAGCCCCUUAGUAUUUGUAUUUCAUAAUUUUAGUUUGUUUUUAUUUUGUGUUGUGUGUACGUAGUUUUAUAUUUAUCUUAUAAUUUCUGAAUGUUGCAAUAAAACGGCAAUCGUUUAUCUAUA